CUGACAGCGGCAGUUUCAGCGCUGCCGCUCUGAAGCACUGACGGCCGCCCCGGAAAACUUCGGCGUUAUCUGGCUCCGUUAAUUCAUAUGACUCUGACUCCUGAGCUGGUAGCUAACGGAUCCUUUUUGCUUUUCUUUGUCAUUGUUCCUAAAGUCUGAAUAGAAGACUUAACUAACAACGGAUUUCUGAAGGAUCGAUGAACCCCAAAUUUUAAUCGAUUUUAAUCGUCCAUAUUAAAAUCGAAAUCUUUCGACAUUUAAGACAACCAAUUGCAAAACGAAGGAAUUAAACGAAGAAUUUGGCUGCCAGGAUACAGGACAGCUGGAACAGGGUCUGAGGCGUUAAACUUGACUGGAAGAUGCCUGGAACCAGAGAUCAGGGUGGCCGUUGUGGAGGACUGCAGAGGGUGUGACACAGAGAGACCCGAAAACGCCUGCGCUCACGCCAGCCUGCCACUUCCUGUCCCGCCCAUCGGUUUGCCUGUAAAGCCGAGGUCCAGCGUGUUUUUCCUGUGCGGAGGGGGGUGGUGUCAGGGCCAGCAGAGAUGCCCAUCCUGAAGCAGCUAGUGUCGGGCUCCUCACAGUCCAAACGCCGCUCACGGCUCGACCUCACGACGGAGAUGAUCAGCGCCCCCCUGGGGGACUUCCGCCACACCAUGCACGUGGGCCGGGGGGGCGACGCCUUCGGGGACACCUCCUUCCUCAGCAGCCGCUCGGGGGAGGGGCCCGGGGAGGGCAUGGCACGCCCCCGCUCCCCGCGGCCCGGCCUGCUGUACCGCACCUUCCGCAGCAGCAAGCGCUCCCAGUCGGUCACGCGGGCCGACCGCAGUGGCGACUCACUGGCGCCCCCUGGGGGCUCGCCGACGCCGGUGAAGAACGCCCUGUCGCUGCCACACCUGAACGACGAGGCCGGGGAGCGGGAAGGAGGGGUGGUCAAGAGCCUCUCCUCCAGCCUCCUGCAGCAGCCGCCCGAGGCUGGCGGCGAUCCCCCCAACGGGGCGGCGACUGCCCUGGACCCGGAGCAGGAGGAGCGGCGUUUCGGGGUGCUGACCGACCUGCCGUCACCCUCCGCCACUCACACCGGGGCGAUGAGGCGCACCGAGUCCGUCCUCUCCUUCCACGUCGACCUGGGCCCCUCCAUGCUGGGCGAAAUCCUGGAUGUGAUGCAGAGGGAGGAGGAUGACCUCGGGUUCGAGGAGGGUGGGGCGUCGCCUCCGCACAGCACCCUGGGCGAGGGAGAUGAAGAGCAGGAGGAAAGAGAGGAAGAAGAGGAGGAGGUAGAGGAGGAGGAGGAGGAGGAGAAGGUGGGAGAUUCCCAGCAGAACCUGCUUCAGCCUCCCGGUGUGGAGGAAGUGCAGAACCACAUGGAGGAGCCCCGCACCCUGGACUCCCAGCCCAGAGACCACCCCCACCUGGACAGCUGCUCCAUCUCCAGCUCCGGCUCCGCCCCACUGGGGGAGAAACCACUCGACCAGCUGCAGGGGGGGGACACGGACUGUGCCAUCUACAGCUCACCGCCAGGGGAGGACGAGAGCUUCUUCAUGGAGGAGGAAGAUGACGAAAUUCGAGUGUAAUGAAUCCAAGGGAAAAAAAAGACUGAGAGAGAUGCAUAGUGCCCAGGACAUGUUAAAGAGGCAGCAGGGGACCCUGCACCAGGGGUGGGCUGAACAGAGACCAAGCAGCUCGUUCUGUCUGGAUACAGGAGCACAUAGCAUCAGGAGUCCUGCUGCAGUUCUGUACCGGCCUGUGGGAGAAAACCCCCAGCACCCCUCCUGCCACAGGAAUGCAGAGGCUGUCUGUCACAGAGUUCUCUCUCCCUCUCUCCAUCCCUGUCUCUCUCCC